AACAUCGACAGAGUACCAGACACACCAUGCCGAACACCGUGAAGAGCCUCAAAGUCACCUAUGACCCUCCAAAUGACACAAACACCUUUACCAGUGGCGAAUGCAUUUCAGGCAAGGUGACGCUGGAAGUGGAGAAAGAGCUCCAAAUAGACUCCCUGAUUAUUAAAUUCAAGGGGAAAUCCAGAGUCUUGUGGACCGAGAGGUAUGGCCAAGUUACUGUUGUUUACCACUCCAAGGACAAGUACUUCAGUAUUAAACAUUACUUCGUCCAGGACAAAAAUCACAAGGAAGAGGACCACGACCAAACACAACUGACAAAUGAGAAUAAAGGAAACUACAGCAAUGUUGUUGGCCCAGGGUGCCACGUCUACCCAUUCACCUUUCAGUUCCCUCAGAAGGAAAUGCCCUCCUCCUUCAAAGCUUCUACUGGGAAAAUUGUGUACUUGCUGGAAGCCAGCCUGGGUAGAUCAAUGAGGAUUGACAAGAAAGAUUCAACGAAGAUCAACUUUGUGUCGAACGCAGACAUGACCAGAGACCCUGGAAUAAUGGUUCCACAGCAUGAGUCUAAGGACAAGAAAUUGAAACAUUUUGCCUCUGGAACAGUAGCCAUGGAUGUGAAUAUUGAAAAAACAGGUUACUUCCAAGGAGAGGGAUUAAAGGUUGUGGCCUGCAUUCAGAACAACUCGUCUCGUGAAAUCAAGCCUAAGUACUGCGUGUACAGAAAGCACAGCUUCUUCGCAGACGGGAGGAGAAGACUUCAUACUAAAGACCUCCUUAAAGAAGUGGGAGAGCCCAUCCCUCCAUCUACUAAUAAAAACGUCGAGAGGGUCAUCACCAUCCCCCAUGAUAUGGAGCCCUCCAUCCUCAACUGCAGCAAUAUCAAGGCGGAGUACAGGCUGAGGGUUUAUCUGGAUAUCAAAUUUGCUUCAGACCCGGAGAUCAAAUUUCCCAUCAUCAUCCUUCCAGCCUCUCAGGCUCCUGCUGUGGGACCACCACCUGCUUUUGCCGGUAUUGGAUUUGAAACAUUUUGCAACCCCAACCCACCAGUCUGGGGUGUUGCACCACCACAACAACCAACAGCACCUCAACCAUUUGAUCCCCCACCUUCCUAUGGUGCAUAUGCAAUGUACCCUCCCCUGACGGAUUACAACAAUAAACAUCAUUGAUGAGAUAUUGAAAAGAUCCUACGAAAUUUCAAGGAAAUGAAUUAAAGGUAUAAGAAUGAAAAUGA